UUCCCUCGCUCACUUCCCACGCCCCCUCUUCGCGCUCCUCUCCUCCCCUGGCCGCCCAGCCCCGAGUUGGGGGGAGACAGAGAGAGAGAGAGCGCGAGCGAGCCCAGGGCUCCGGUGGCUCCCGUGGAGGCGUGCGUAAAAUCGCGCAGGAAUAUAUUGGACUCUUUUGGGUUGGGGCUGGGCUGGGAGGGGGGGCGCGGUGGGCGAUGGAACAGCCCGAGGACAUGGCGUCGCUGAGCGAGUUCGAUUCCUUGGCGGGCAGCAUCCCGGCCACCAAGGUGGAGAUCACCGUGUCGUGCAGGAAUCUCUUGGACAAGGACAUGUUUUCCAAGUCUGACCCACUGUGCGUCAUGUACACCCAAGGGAUGGAGAACAAGCAGUGGCGAGAGUUCGGGCGCACGGAGGUCAUCGACAACACGCUCAACCCCGACUUUGUACGCAAGUUCAUUGUGGAUUAUUUCUUUGAGGAGAAGCAGAACCUGCGUUUUGACCUAUACGACGUUGACUCCAAGAGCCCCGACUUAUCCAAACACGAUUUCCUGGGCCAGGCUUUCUGCACCCUUGGAGAGAUCGUGGGGUCCUCUGGGAGCCGACUGGAGAAGCCCCUCACGAUAGGAGCGUUCAGCCUGAACUCCCGGACGGGCAAGCCCAUGCCAGCUGUGUCCAAUGGAAGUGGUCUUUGGAUGGAAGGUUUGAGAACCACUGGUCCGGAAGCCUCCGGUGGCGUCGCGGGGAAGAAGUGUGGAUCCAUUAUCCUGUCGGCAGAAGAACUCAGCAACUGCAGGGAUGUCGCCACGAUGCAGUUUUGCGCCAACAAGCUGGACAAGAAAGACUUCUUCGGGAAGUCCGACCCCUUCUUGGUGUUCUACAGGAGCAAUGAAGACGGAACGUUCACCAUCUGCCACAAGACAGAGGUCAUGAAGAGCACCCUUAAUCCCGUGUGGCAAACCUUCUCCAUCCCCGUGAGAGCCCUGUGCAAUGGGGACUAUGACAGGACCAUCAAGGUGGAGGUUUAUGACUGGGAUCGUGAUGGCAGCCAUGACUUUAUUGGGGAGUUCACCACCAGCUACCGGGAGCUAGCCCGUGGGCAGAGCCAGUUCAACAUCUAUGAGGUGAUAAAUCCAAAGAAGAAGAUGAAGAAAAAGAAAUACGUGAAUUCUGGCACAGUCACCCUGCUUUCCUUCGCCGUGGAGUCCGAGUGCACCUUCCUAGACUACAUCAAAGGAGGGACCCAGAUCAACUUCACAGUAGCCAUCGACUUCACUGCCUCUAAUGGGAACCCCUCGCAGUCCACGUCCCUGCACUACAUGAGCCCCUACCAGCUGAAUGCCUACGCAUUGGCGCUGACUGCCGUCGGGGAGAUCAUACAACAUUACGACAGUGACAAGAUGUUCCCCGCGCUGGGCUUCGGGGCCAAGCUGCCGCCCGACGGCCGGGUGUCCCACGAGUUCCCGCUGAAUGGCAACCAGGAGAACCCGUCGUGCUGCGGGAUUGACGGCAUCCUGGAGGCCUACCACCGCAGCCUGCGCACCGUGCAGCUCUACGGGCCCACCAACUUCGCCCCUGUGGUCAGCCACGUGGCCAGAAACGCGGCGGCCGUGCAGGACGGCUCCCAGUACUCGGUGCUGCUGAUCAUCACGGACGGCGUCAUCUCCGACAUGGCGCAGACCAAGGAGGCCAUUGUCAACGCUGCCAAACUCCCUAUGUCCAUCAUCAUCGUCGGUGUGGGUCAGGCUGAGUUCGAUGCCAUGGUGGAGCUGGAUGGUGAUGACGUUCGGAUCUCCUCUCGGGGGAAGCUGGCGGAGAGGGACAUUGUCCAGUUCGUGCCCUUCCGGGACUAUGUGGACCGCACGGGUAACCAUGUGUUGAGCAUGGCACGCCUGGCCCGAGACGUGCUGGCAGAGAUCCCCGACCAGCUGGUGUCCUACAUGAAGGCCCAGGGCAUUCGUCCCCGGCCCCCACCCGCUGCGCCAUCGCCCCCACAGUCCCCGGCCCGCUCGCCGCCAGGGUCCCCGGUGCACACGCACAUCUGAGGCCGGCGCGCUGGCAGGUGGCUGGGGACUGGAGGCCCGGAGGGUAGGCAGAGGCCCCACCUGCCAGGCCUUUGGACUCAACCCCGGUGUAAGAGGUGGGGCAGUGCUCCUCCCCAAGCCCCCGUCGCAACAUCGCACUUCCACCCAAACCCGGAAACUGUGGGUGCAGAAGACAGGAGUACAGGGGUUUUUUGGGGGGAUUCAGUGAGGUCCUCUAGCCCACCUCGGGUGGUCCUAUCUCUCCCCUGUUCCUGUGUGUGGCUAGGUCUCCAGUCCCCAUCCUGGUGUGUGCUGUCCCAGGCUCCUGCCCUACGGGCCGCCCCCUGUCCUGUCCCCAGUGAAGCUGGAGGCUGGUGACCACAGACUUGCUGGCCUGCUAGGGACUGUGAUGGACCCUGCGCCUCAGGCAGGCCCACAAGUGGAAGCUUGUCAGCGCAGGGCCAUGGGCUGGUUGGCUGCUUGUCGACACAGCAGCAGGCUGUCUCUGGUGUGGCUCAGGGCACCGUCACAGCUGGCUGACAGCACCUCCUGCCCAGAAGCCCCCCCCCCCCGCCCCUGCCACCAGCCAGCCAUAAACCAGGCCCCACAAGUCCACUGGCUUCUGCUCUAGACCCUUCAGUGGCCCAGAGACAGGAGACAGGGACCCUGAGCUCCAGCCUGCCCCCCUUCACGCCCUUCCCCACAGUGUGGGGACCCAGUAAGGCCUCGGUUUCCACCCCGUUGCCAUGACAGAGAGGGUUGGCCAGAUGGCCAAGUGUCUCCUCCAGCCGUGAGGUCCUGAGCUCCAUCCAUCCCAUACCCAGCCUCCUGUGGCCCACUUCUCACCAGCACGACCCUCACCCAGGCUUUCUUGGCCCUGGGGUCACCCAGUUGCCUCCCGUCAUCCCUCCACACCCGCAUCCCCAUGCCCUUCCACCCCGGGCUCCGGCAUCUGAGCCGGAGCUCCAGCCCCUGCCGUAGGAAGGGCGGGCAAAGACCCUAGACCCAGGUCAGUCCUCCAUCAGUCUUCGCCCAUGGGGCGGGGGGCAGGCCCUGCAUGUGAUCCUCUGCCGCAUGGGGUCCCCACCAGCCAUCUCCCGUCUCCACCCUGCCCACCUCCGUCCCUCAUGCAUGGUGGUGGUGGCGUUGCCGUCUGGUCCUGUGCCCGUGUCUGAGACCGUCUGUGGAACUUGCCUUAAACUGAAGUAAACCUGGUUCUUUUAGUAGA